AUGCAUCUCAUGUACACCCUCGACAAAGACGGCAACCGCAUCUACACCCUGAAGAAGGUCACCGCUGAAGGAGCGAUCACAAAGUCUGCACACCCGGCGCGUUUCUCGCCCGACGAUAAAUACUCAAGGUAAUUUCCCCCCAUCCCCGCUCCAAGAGAAGGGAAGAGGAAAGAUUAGAGGUAAAAGAUCGCCGUGAUGAGUACUAUGUGAAGCGUUCCUAGCAAUUCCUGAGGAUGCAAACAUUAUUCUAAAUUAUCCAAUUGUUCCUUCUGAGCCCUCCUCCUCCACAUAUUCCCCCUCCCUCUCUACAUUGGGCGAUUUGCCGAGGUGGGCAGCGUGUAGCUAAUGGAUCCCAAAGGCACAGGGUUACUUUAAAGAAACGAUAUGGAGUCUUGAUGACGCAGCAAGGCUCGUUCUCCCCCUCCUGUUCAAAUCACUCGAAAGCAUAGAUCCUGAUAGUGCAUAGAAUGCAAACCGUGGUAAUCAUAGCCUAUGGAAGAAAGGUU